AUUGAAGAUAUAAUUACAAGAAUGCAGGAUGACAAAGCAGGUGGAGUUCCUAUCCGAACAGUCAAGAGCUUUCUGUCUAAAAUCCCCAGCGUUGUCACAGGUACUGACAUUGUGCAGUGGCUCAUGAAGAACCUCAGCAUCGAGGACCCAGUGGAAGCAAUACACAUGGGAAGUCUUAUAGCAGCACAGGGCUAUAUCUUUCCAAUCUCAGACCAUGUUCUUACCCUGAAAGAUGAUGGGACCUUCUAUCGCUUUCAGGCCCCAUACUUUUGGCCUUCAAACUGCUGGGAACCAGAAAAUACAGACUAUGCCAUCUAUCUUUGCAAGCGGACCAUGCAGAACAAAGCUAGGCUGGAGCUGGCGGAUUAUGAAGCCGAAAACCUAGCAAGACUGCAGAGAGCUUUUGCAAGGAAGUGGGAAUUCAUCUUUAUGCAAGCAGAGGCCCAAGUGAAAAUUGACAGAAAAAAGGAUAAAACUGAAAGGAAAAUUUUGGACAGCCAAGAAAGAGCAUUUUGGGAUGUGCACAGGCCAGUGCCAGGCUGCGUGAACACAACAGAAAUGGACAUCAGAAAGUGUCGACGUAUGAAAAACCCACAGAAGGUCAAAAAGUCAGUAUAUGGGGUUACAGAAGAUGCUCAAUCCCAAAGCCCUGUACAUAUGCCGUCCCAACCCAUACGAAAAACUACAAAAGAGGACUUCCGAAAAAAAAUAACCUUUCUGAAUGUGCAGAUAGACAGACACUGUUUAAAAAUGUCCAAAGUAGCUGAAAGUUUAAUAACUUACUCAGACCAGUACAUUGAAUAUGAUCCAUUUAUAACUCCUGCUGAACCUUCCAAUCCCUGGAUAAGUGAUGACUCUACUUUAUGGGACAUAGAAAUGAGCAAAGAGCCCAGCCAACAACGUGUGAAAAGAUGGGGCUUCUCUAUAGAUGAGGUGCUGAAGGAUCCAGUGGGGCGAGACCUGUUCCUUCGUUUUCUGGAGUCCGAAUUCAGUUCAGAAAACCUCAGGUUUUGGUUGGCUGUCCAAGAUCUCAAAAGACAACCUUUGCAGGAUGUAGCCACCAGAGUGGAGGAAAUCUGGCAAGAGUUUCUAGCUCCAGGGGCACAAAGCCCUAUCAACCUGGACUCUCACAGCUAUGAGAGAACAAGUCAAAACGUCCAAGACCCGGGGAGAUACACAUUUGAAGAUGCCCAGGAGCACAUUUACAAGUUGAUGAAGAGUGACAGCUACGCACGUUUCCUCCGUUCUAACACGUACCAAGACUUAUUGCUGGCGAAGAAGAAGCCAGAGAAUGAGCAAGGUCGUAGAACUUCUCUAGAAAAGUUCACUCGCAGUGUGGGAAAGUCUCUGGCAGGCAAGCGCCUCACAGGCCUGAUGCAAUCCUCCUGACAGCCUCAGCCGGACAAGCAGUUGCUGACAUCCCUGAAGGACAGCUGCACUCCACCUCCAUGGAGGAAGUUUCAUUUUGGGGAGAAUGGGUCACUGUGAGAGAGCGCGUGAAUGAGAGCAAGGGGAGACAAAGGAGCGCAAGGUGGAGAGAUCAGCUCACCGGAGGUUCCUCUUUUCAUAGUUUACAUCAAUACUUUCUUACUUGUACAGCGUUGUAAUGACACUGAGUUCUAUAAAGGUACUUUGGUUCCUACUUGGUUUCAAAGGAGCACACUUCAUUGUAUACGAAAGGUCAACAAGGCAGAGGGCUUAGUAGCUUAUGAGGAAAGGAAUCAGUCACAACCAUAGCCUAGAGAAAGAAGAGCUGAGCGAAAUCAGUAUUUACCCUUCAUCUCUUCUCUCCCUGGUAAAUGC